UUUUAAAAUUUGGUUUCCAAGCCCAAAACUUAACAAUUCAAUCAAUGAUGAGCCAUUUGGUUCUACGCUCUUUUGGGAAAGCAAGAUUAUUAAAAACUUCAAAACAAUGAGCUUUACUUCCCUCCUUCCUCGAUCUCAGAGCUCCGCGCUCUUUCCUCUCGCCGUUUCUUCUCCAUCUCCCACCUCAUCGCCUCAUGGCCGAUCUUCCCUACCUUUGGUUUCGAGUUUCAAGGCUCAGCGACUACUCUCUUGGUCCCGUUCGUCAUUGCCAUGGCGGAGCCAUGGAGUGAGGUUUUCUAGUCUGGUAUGCAAAGCCACGGCGGCGGAGCCGCCUGCUCGGGCGCUCAGGAGGAUCUUGGAGUCCCCCGGAGUCUUCCUGGGACCUGCUUGCUUUGAUGCUUUGAGUGCCAAGUUGGUGGAGAAGGCUGGCUUUCAGUACUGCUUCACGAGCGGGUUCUCUAUUUCUUCUGCUCGGUUGGGCUUACCAGAUGUGGGUCUGAUUUCCUAUGGGGAAAUGCUGGAUCAGGGGCGUAAUAUCACACAAGCUGUUUCAAUUCCUGUCAUUGGAGAUGGUGAUAAUGGAUAUGGAAAUCAAAUGAAUGUCAAGAGAACUGUGAAAGGCUAUAUUCAAGCUGGUUUUGCUGGGAUUCUUCUUGAAGAUCAGGUGUCACCAAAAGCCUGUGGUCAUACCCGAGGAAGGAAGGUUGUUUCAAGGGAGGAGGCGGUGAUGCGCAUAAAAGCAGCUUUGGACGCUCGAGAAGAGAGUGGUUCUGACAUUGUGAUCAUAGCACGGACUGAUUCUCGGCAGGCUAUAUCUUUCGAAGAAGCAUUGUGGAGGUCAAGAGCCUUUGCUGAUGCUGGAGUGGAUGCUCUUUUCAUAGAUGCACUUGCUUCAAUAGAAGAAAUGAAGGCUUUUUGUGAAGUUACUCCUCUACUUCCCAAAGUGGCUAACAUGCUUGAAGGUGGGGGGAAGACGCCAAUUCUGAGCCCUAUUGAACUCGAGGAGAUUGGGUUUAAACUUGUGGCCUAUCCUUUAUCCUUGAUUGGGGUGUCUAUUCGUGCAAUGGAGGAUGCACUUGUUGCAAUAAAAGGUGGCCGUAUUCCUCCUCCUGGCCAGCUGCCUACAUUUGAUGAAAUUAAGGAUAUAGUAGGCUUUAAUGAUUACUAUAAAGAAGAAGAACGCUAUAGUGUCAGUUCCGCUCGGACAUCUCCUCAAAGAAGUUAUUUUUCUGCCAGAUCAACAAGUGGAGAAGGCACAGAACAAAGCGCAGAGAAACCAUAUCAACCUGAUGUUGAAGUGCUUGCCCCAUACCCUUCUGAUAGCUCUCGUUCGCAUGAUCCCAGAGGCCGCUUGUCUGGAAUAUGGUCUCGCACAUUGAGAAUAAAAAUCACAGGAAGGGAUGGACUCGAAAAGCUUGAUAUCAGGAUUCCUGCUGGUUUUUUAGACGGGAUUUCCAGUGUCAUUCCUGGUCUAGGUGGUAGAAAUAUCAUUGAAAUGUUAGAAGAUGCAUCAGUGGAUGUGAAUGAUGGCACUGAAAGAGGAAAGGUACUGCUUGAUUUCAAUGAUACAAUGGGAGAUAGGAUUCAGGUGUUUCUAGAAUGACAGUGGGCAACUAAAUUUACCUUGUUAGUUCUGGUCAAGCUGGUCUCUUUUUGCAGUUAAAUCUUGUUGUCAAAUGUGCACCUGCAUGUGAAUUGCUGAUAAAAAUAGACAAAAUUUAUUCAGUGUUUA